ACAAAAUAUCAACUACCAUAUGAGGCUCCAUGCAUACUAGUCAUUUUGACAAUACCUUCUAGUGGCAUUUGUUCAAGAGACACUUAACUCGCCGCAAAAUCUCAUACCAAACUCAACUGAACAUGGAACUAUAUAAUACUCUGCCAUCUCUUUCAUUUUCAAACACAACAAACUUUCUCAAUAUUCAAAAGUCUUUGGUAAGAAAAUGGCUUACAAAGCUUCCUCUUUCCUUGCACUUAUUCUCGUCGCAAAUGUACUGCUUAGUACUACUUGCCAAGCACGCAACAGUAUUCCGAGAAACUCAAACACUGAUGACAAGAAAGAGCCUCAAUGGUUUUUCCAUUUUGAUGGGAUUCCAGGCUUCGGGCGAGGAGGGUUGCCACCUUUGUUUGGUUCUACGCCUCAAAGUCCAUCCAAUGGUGGUGGGGGAGGAGAAGGAGCAGGAUCAGGAUCAGAAUCAGGACCAGGAUCAGUGCCACCUAGUGGACAUUAUGUUCCAGGUGGUGAUGACACCUUUGUCCCAAAUCCUGGUAACGAGGUUCCGAUUCCAGGAAGUAGCGGUGCGGUUCCGGUUCCAGUUCCAGCUGCAGUUCAUCCUUGAAAUUUUCUAAGUUAUGAGCCAUCAUGCAUUAUUGUACUAAGUAGGCCUAGUUUCUAAGCCUUGUUAUGCUUUAGACUAGUUUAAGUACUCACCAAUUUCAGUUUGCACCAUUGAAUAAGUGUUCCUUGUUAUGCUUUAGCCUUGUUAUCUGUUACAUGGUAUGAAGAACCAUUGUGCUAUUUUCUUUUUAAAGGUUAAAUAUUAUGUAAUGUUGUAAACUCUAUUUUGUGUAGUGUGUAGCCCUCAUAAUUCAAUUUUCUCUUACAAUUUCAA